GUGAAAUGAAACUAUCAGAGAUUAAUUUACUGGCAGGAAAAAGCAGAAUUCUGAAAAAAGAAUCAACUUCUAGAGAAAUACAGAAGACACUGCCCAAAUGCGUUAAGCGACAGUCCAAACAAAAUAGUUGUCUGGAUCAAAGCACUAGUGAGCUUUCACCAAGGAAGAAAGCUAAGCUGAGCACUAAUGAGGCUGUGUUCGAGGAUUCAGAAAGUAGCCUGCAGCCAGACAGUUGUUUAACUGAGCUGAAACAAUUUGAAGGAUCAGUUCCGGAAUCAUUUCCCUUGUCAGAUUCUGCAACAUCAGUAUCAAACUUUCUGAAAGGGACCAAGCCAAUCCAGGCCUUGCUUGCCAAGAAUACUGGGAACAAAGUGACCUUAACAAAUCAACUGUCACCUACCCCUGGCAUAAAUGUAUCUAUGUCUGAAAAGCCAGUUUUAUUACCUUUGGAAUCAUCACUCAUAAAACCAGCAUUGCCCUGCCAGAGCAGUUCAAAAACUCCUUUACAAAUGGUAUACAAAAUGCCAAAUGGCCACUGUGUACCAAUAGACCUUCACAACAGUACUGUGAAAAUUCAAGUGCAACCUGCUGUUGACCCGAAAACUGGAGAAAAAGUCAUGCAGCAAGUUCUUAUUUUACCUAAAAAUUUUUUUAAUCAACAGAAGGAAGGUAAAAGUGUGUCCAAGGACAUUCAGUCACUACAACAAAAAUCAUCUGAGCUUCACUGUAUGACUUUACCAGAAGUAUCAAAUGUCAGUGUUUCUGUAACAUCUGUUGUGGUAACAGGCCCUGCAAAUGCUACCACUCAGUCACCUACUACAAUUUUUGACAAGAAUAUUACCCACUUGUCACAAGUGACUGGUCUCAUGAAUACUACACAACCAUUGCCUGCUGUAACUGCAGCCUGUAAGUUAUCAUCAGCAAUUAAGGUGAGCCAAACUGAAACUGACAAAAUCAAGACUACAGUUUCAACUGCCACAUUCCCUGUGUCUUUGACUACAUCUACGCUUUCCACAGCUAGCCAGUCUGUGAUAUCAGCAACAGCAUUAAGUGGGUCUACAAACACUGCUUCUGCCUGUCAUAGUCUUACAGCAGAGCAGACAACUGACUCCUUUGAAACCAGGCAAGAGCUGAAGACAGUGUGUGUAAGAGAAUCACAGUCUAUUUUGGUCACAACACGAGGUGGAAACACGGGAAUUGUUAAAGUGCGAGCAAACCCAGACCAGAUUUUACCUAGUAGUUUAUCUUCUAGUUCAGUUUUCAGUUACACACCUCAACUUCAGGCCUUCCUCGUGCCAAAAACAACAGCAUUAUCGUGCUCUACUCUUCCGUCUGUAGCAACAGCCACAUCUGGUUUCCUGCAUAUUGGACAAUCGUCUCUUUCUGGAUUUGCCCCCUCAACACCUUCUGUUAACGUCCCAGCUUUCCCAGCUGAUUUUACCCGGGCAACGGAGGAAAAUACCAAAUUCACAUUACAGCCGCCUGCUGUUGGGGGCGUUUUGGGUCAAGUGAUGGAGGAAUCCUGCUGUGUGUCUUCUCCUUCUUUAUCCUCCGUUUCAUUAGCUAGUAAUCUGCCAUCAACAAUUCCAAACAGUUCUGUUAGUGUGACUAGUCUUGGACAAAAGAACACUGUCAUAACUCCAAAUCCUUCUGUGCAGCAGCAAGCUGAUCUCAAAACUAAAACAAAUACUGUUCUACACUCUGAGUCUAAUUCAGCAACAAAUGGAGAUUUAAUCAGUGGUACUCCAGUCCAGAAACUUACGUUAGUCACAAAUCCACCUAUUUUAUCGCCCUGUGGGGCAUCAGGAGUCAGUAUUUUACCUUCUCUGCCAUCCACCAGUAUUAAUGCUCCAAAGUUGAUUUUCAUUAACACACAAAUUGCCAAUGGCCUGUCAACCACCAACGUGGUUGCAGAGUCGUUGAAGCACAACCUUCCUUCUUCCCUAAACAAAACCUUUGUCAGUGCCACAGAGCAACCACAGCUGGUUCUAAUCCCGUCUACAGUAGGAACACCAAUAAGAAUUAAUUCAUCGCCAACUAUUGCUCAAGUAAAAGAUGUGAAAAUUGGACUAAAUAUAGGUCAAACCAUUGUAAAUAAUAAAGGCAAUGCACAGCAGACUCCACCAGUUAAUAUAUUGCACUCUGCCAUUUCUAUGGGAGAAGACAAAAAGAGCGUGGGCUUGGCGCUGUCUUUGUCAGGUAGUAGUGCUUUGGUUCCUGUGCCAGGUUUUGUGAGUCAAAGUAGUGUGUCAGUUCAUCAGUCUGUAUGUGUUGAAACAAAAGCUGAAAAUGCCCUUACUGUAACAACAGCAAAAGCGUGUGGAGAAUCUGUUUCAGUAACAUCAAGUGUGACUUCUUCUGGGACAUGUCCCACUGUGUUGAUUGGUGGAAAUGAUCCCUCAGGAACAAGGCCGGUUCUGGGUAAUCAACUGUGUACAUCAAAUAUUGGAAAUCCUGUGGGUAUAUCAACUGUGAAAACAGGACAUCUUGCUUCAUCUGUGCUGAUUUCAGCAACGCAACCGACACUAUCUCCUCGGAACUUGGCACCUGCUUUCCAGUUUCCAGUCAUUAGCUUGCCUGGAUCCGCAGCCACCCCUCACAAAUUGUUACAUACAGUUCCUCAGUUGGCAGCAAUUCCAACUCCUUCUCCAGUACCAAAAAGCCAGUUGCCCACAAUCCUUCAGUUUCAGUCACCAGGAGUUGCAGCUGCUAUGCCAAGUAACGCAGGUGUUCUCAAACCUCAGAGUGUGUUGCCCCCUCCAUCACCAAAUGCAGGUAAAGUCAUUAGUUUUCCCAGUUUUUCUUCCCUACAGUGCCAGCAGGUGCCUCCUAGGACAGAGAUAAGUCAUGCUUACACUUGUGCUUCUGCUGUUGCAAUGUCUGCAGCUUCACCAGCUGUAACAAGAAAGUCAGGAGGUCAGCUGAAUGAACCUUGCAUUCAACAGAAAAUAGUUAUUAACACCUGUAUGCCUUUGGCACCUGGAACUCAGAUAGUGAUUAAUGGUACUCGUUUUGUUGUUCCACCGCAAGGCCUUGGAGCUGGCAGCCAUGUGCUUCUUCUCUCUUGCAGUACAAAACAGACUCCUCUUUUAACUAUUAACAGUGGUCAGGAGGCUCGAGGUGUACCAAUUGUUAAUCAAAUAACCUCGAAGGUCAUGAUAGCUCCAAGUAAUUCAUUAAGUUAUCAAAUACCAAAACAUCCUUUGAAAAGCUCUACAAAAAUUGUGAACUCUUUUGGGUCUGCAGAUGCUCUACCCAUCGUACAUGCAACACCUCAUGUAUUUAAUACUCCAGUCAGCUCAUCCACUCCAGUAUCGGCAGCAACGCUGUCUGUAUCUUCAGUGAUAAAAUCUCCUGUUAAUGUUGUUGGUACAUCUGUGGUUUCUGCUGUUCAACCUCCGAACUUUCAUUUACCACGCAACACUUCAGCGUUUCACUUAGACACUUCUAUUAAAAAACUGUUGGUCAGUCCAGAGGGAGCCAUUUUGAAUGCUAUAAAUACUCCAGCACCAAAAGUUUCUUCCCUGUCUUCAUCACUGCCUCCUGUUGCUGUGUCCACAAGCAGAAAUCCUGCCACUGUCCUUCCAGCAUCUCAGACGCCUUGCCUUGGUAAAUCUGACAAAGCUGCAUCCUGAAUUUACUGCAAAUGAGCCACUUUGAAAUUCUGGGGCAUUCUUCUGACUUCGGAACUUGUACCUAUCGAAUAAUUUUUACGUUGUUUGAAACAGUUGAUUUACUCAAAGUUAAUUAAGAUUACAAUUCUUUCCUGUUUACCUUUAGGGCUUAGGAGGACUGAUACUUAGUUUGUCAGAAGUUUUGGGAGAGUUCUUUAGUAAAAAGGUCAGAAAUGACCAAUGAGUUCAUUAAACGUUUUAGUUUGGGGAAAUCUUGCCUUUUGCACAUGUUUCAUCUUACAGUAUGGACUGUUUGCCAGUGUGUUUAUGACAGUAUAUAUCUCCUUUUUGUUUGUCAAUAUUUUUGAUUUGUUUCUGUAAAAAAAUAUAUUUAUGUGUUGUAAAAAUGCAGUCUAUGGUAUAGAAUUGUACUUAUUCAUUAAUUCCUAACAAUCUGUACUAAACUGUAUGUACAAAGAACUAUGCUGUCUUAUUUAUGUUUUGUUUACAUAAUGUAUAGUUUUUUAAGUAUUUUAGUAACUUUGGACCAGUGUACUGUUGAGCAACAAUGCAGAAGAAUCUGCAUAUAAU